AUGGUUCGGUUCGGUGUGGUGUCAGCUUCACCUGGCGAGUUACGCCUCUACUUCCUGUGCCUCUACUUUGGCAUCGGUGCUUCAGUAUGGGGAUACAAUAUUGGGGUCAUGUCCUCAGUUCUUUUCAACGUUGGUUUCGACGAUGCCACAGGCCACCUGUCUAUGGGCAUGAAGGGCAUCAUCAUCAGCGUCUACUACAUCGGAACAUUCUUCAGUUACCUUCUCGUUUCUCACCCUAUCAGUGACUGGCUUGGGCGUCGGUACGCAGCCCUGUCUGGGACCGUCGUCGUGUGCCUAGGGGCCAUCUUGCAAGCCGUCAGCAAUGGCGCCACCGGCGUUGGUACCAUGAUCGCUGGUAGAGUCAUCAGUGGACUCGGCGUGGCCAUCGUCUCGACUUCGGUGCCUCUUUACCAGGCUGAGAUCUCGCCGGCACAGAAACGCGGCCAUUUCGUGACAGUGAACCACGUUGGAUUCAUCGCUGGUAUCGCCACGGGUCUUUGGGUUGGUUUCUUCAUGAGAUUCUGGCGAUCAAGUGCAGGAUAUUUCUGGGGUUGGCGAUUGUCCAUCUUGCUCGAGAUAGUUCCGGCCCUCGUUUUUGGACUCGGGUUGCCAUGGAUCCCCGAAACACCGCGAUGGCUUGUUGAGCAUGGCCGAAAAGACCAAGCGCGUUCGACCCUUCGUUGGCUUCGUGAGGGUAGUUUCGACGACGAUCAGAUCGAACAGGAAUUCGCCGGAAUUACCCAUGAUGUCAACGAGUAUCACCUGUCUGGCACCAACUGGCUUUCUCUAUUUAGAGAGAAACCUUUGUUUGCCCGUCUGUGGCGCGCGACCUUGCUACAGUUUAUGGCCCAGAUCUGCGGUGCAUCCGGCAUAAAAUACUACCUUCCGUUUCUGUUGGAACGUCUUGGGCUGGAUAUGAGGGUUGCUUUGAUGACGAGCGCCAUUGAGAUGACAAUCAAGAUUUUCUUUACCGUUCUCGAGAUGUUCAUCAUUGAUCGUUUUGGGCGAAGAAAUUGUCUCGCUGCUGGCUGUGUGGUCAUGGCUUUCUCACUAUUGAUCAACGGAGCUGUGCCUCUUGCGUAUGGGCACGAACUCAGUGAUGCUGCCAGUGUGGUUUGCAUUGUUUUCAUUUUUGUCUACGCCAUGGGCUUCUCCGUAGGGUUUGGGCCGGCUGCUUGGGUGUACAAUACAGAGAUCUUCCCCACAGCGGUACGAGCUCGCGGACUCAACUUUGCUUCGGUGGGCGGCUCUAUUGGGGCCGGUAUCGUCAGCAUGAUCUGGAGUUACGGUAUGGCAGUCUUGGGCAGCAAUUCGUACUUUGUGUUCAUGGUCAUAAACAUCAUCUGCAUCCCGGUACGUAAAUCAGGGCCUGCUAUUCUCGUCUUUUCCAGACACACUAACAUUGUCUACGAGACUAUCUACACUUUUCUUCCGGAAACUAAGGGCCGCGAGCUUGAGGACAUGGACGCACUCUUUGGGGCCGUCGAUAAGCCAAGGACCAACGGCGAAGACGCCUUUGCACAUCUCCUGCGGGACGACGCUCCCUACAGGGAUUCUGAGGAUUCGGCACCUGAUACGACGAGAGAUUAG